UAGUGUUUUUGUGUGUUUGUUUAUGUGUUUGUCGUGGAGGAGUGAUCUGUGCCUGUCCAUGUGGCUAUAUGACGAACCAGGCUGUUGCCACGGUGACGGUGGUGGUGGGCAUGACACAGAUGCGGGAGGUGGAGUUUGUGCCCGAUGGAGACAUGCAGCUGGACAAAUUGUGUUGGUCAUUGGUCAGACUGGAGUUUACAUGUGUACCUCCUUCACCAUCAUUGGUGGACACUUCACCAUGAGUCAUCAGUAUCACACCAAAAUUGAUGACCUCAUUGAAAGAACCAGCACAUCCAUGACUCAAGGAAUGACAGACAAGCUGCUGUCAGUACUUGAAUCAGUUAUAUCCAAGCUGGGCAGAUACGACGAAGGCAGCUUCAUUGGGUCAAUACUGUCCUUUACGUAUCGUCAGAAUGUAAGUGGAUCAGGAAAGGAGUUGGGAAAGGCAUACAUCAACUUUGCCAGGAACUCUAUGGACCAGAUCAGACAAAAAGUUAAUGAUGAGCUCUGGAUUCUCAACCUGUUUGAGAGAUCUCCAUUCUUGGAGACUUCAAUGUUCACCACCAGCUUUGGCUUUCCUCUUCCUUCACUGACCAUCCUGGUGAACUAGCCUUUAACUUGGCUAUCCUCCACAACCUAGAGCAAUUGGUGCAACACCCUACUCGUAUUCCUGAUCGUCUUGGAGAUACGCCCAACAUUCUUGACCUUUUCCUGACCUCUAAUCUUUCUGCUUAUGAUGUCACCCUUUCUUCUCCGUUGGGCUCCUCCGAUCACAAUCUCAUAUCUGUAUCUUGUCCUAUCGCUCCAAUCCCUCCUCAGGAUCCCCCUAAGCGAAGGUGCCUCUGGCGUUUUGCCUCUGCUAGAUGGGAGAACCUAAGGAGGUAUUUUGCUGAUUUUCCUUGGAAUGACUACUGCUUUCGUGUCAGAGACCCGUCUUUGUGUGCUGAGCGCAUAACAGAGGUGAUAGUGUCUGGCAUGGAGGUGUACAUUCCUCACUCUUUUUCUUGACCUAAACCUUCUAAACCUUGGUUUAACACAGCUUGUUCUCAUGCUAUACAUGAUAGAGAGGUGGCCCACAUAAGGUACUUAAGCCUUCUAUCACCAGAAUCUCAUGCACUUUAUAUUUCUGCCCAGAACCAUGCCAAGUCUAUUCUCCAACUAGCCAAAAACUCCUUCAUUAAUAGAAAGUGUCAAAACCUUUCAAGAUCUAACUCCCCUCGUGACCUCUGGCAUCUAGCCAAAAAUAUUUCCAAUAACUUUGCUUCUUCUUCUUUCCCUCCUUUAUUUCAACCAGAUGGCACCACUGCUAUCACAUCUAUUUCUAAAGCUGAACUCUUCACUCAGAUCUUUGCUAAAAACUCUACCUUGGAUGAUUCUGGGCUUGUUCUUCCCUCUCCUCCACUCUCUGACUACUUUAUGCUAUCUGUUAAAAUUCUUCGCAAUGAUAUUUUUCCCUGCCCUCACUGGCCUAAAUCCUCGGAAGGCUUAUGGACCUGAUGGGGUCCCUCCUGUUGUUCUCCGAAACUGUGCCUCCGUGCUUGUACCUUGCCUAGUGAAACUCUUUCAGCUCUGUCUGUCAAUAUCUACCUUUCCUUCUUGCUGGAAGUUUGCUUACAUUCAGCCUGUUCCUAAAAAGGGUGACCAUUCUAAUACCUCAAACUACCAUCCUAUUGCUUUAAUUUCCUGCCUAUCUAAAGUUUUUUAAUCUAUCCUCAACAGGAAGAUUCUUAAACAUCUACCACUUCACAACCUUCUAUCUGAUCGCUAGUAUGGGUUCCGUCAAGGCCGCUCUACUGGUGAUCUUCUGGCUUUCCAUACUGAGUCUUGGUCAUCCUCUUUUAGAGAUUUUGGUGAAACUUUUGCUGUUGUCUUAGACAUAUCAAAAGCUUUUGAUAGAGUCUGACACAUAGCUUUGAUUUCUAAACUGCUUCCUACGGCUUCUUUCCUUCUCUGUGUAACUUCAUCUCAAGUUUCCUUUCUGACCAUUCUAUUGCUGCUGUGGUAGACGGUCACUGUUCUUCUCCUAAAUCUAUUAACAGUGGUGUUCCUCAGGGUUCUGUCCUGCCACCCACUCUCUUAUUAUUCAUUAAUGAUCUUCUAAACCAAAGUUCUUGUCUUAUCCACUCCUACGCUGAUGAUACCACCCUGCACUUUUCCACAUCUUUUCAUGGACAUCCAACCCUUCAAGAGGUAAACAUUUCACACAGGGAAGUCACAGAAUGCUUGAUUUCUGAUCUUUCAAAAAUCUCUGAUUGGGGCAGAGCAAACUUGGUAUUGUUCAAUGCCUCAAAAACUCAAUUCCUCCAUCUAUCAACUCGACACAACCUUCCAGACAACUAUCCCCUCUUCUUCAAUAACACUCAAUUGUCCCCCUCUUCUACACUGAACAUCCUUGGUCUGUCCUUUACUUAUAAUCUGAACUGGAAACUUCACAUCUCAUCUCUAGCUAAAACAGCUUAUAUGAAGUUAGGCAUUCUGAGACGUCUCCACCAGUUUUUCUCACCCCCACCCAGCUGCUAACUCUGUACAAGGGCCUUAUCCAUCCAUGUAUGGAGUAUGCUUCACAUGUCUGGGGAGUUCCACUCACACUGCUCUUCUAGACAAGGUGGAAUCAGAAGCUUUUCGUCUCAUCAACUCCUCUCCUCUAACUGAUUGUCUUCAGCCUCUCUCUCACUGCUGCAAUGUUGCAUCUCUAGCUGUCUUCCACCACUAUUUUCAUGCUAACUGCUUCUGAUCUUGCUAACUGCAUGCCUCCCCUCUUCCCGCGGCCUAGCUGCACAAGACUUUCUUCUUUCUCUCACCCCUAUUUUGUCCACCUCUCUAAUGCGAGAGUUAACCAGUAUUAUCAAUCAUUCAUCCCUUUCUUUGGUAAACUCUGGAACUCCCUGCCUGCUUCUGUAUUUCCAGCUUCCUAUGACUUGAAUUCCUUCAAGAAGGAGGUUUCAAGACACUUAUUCAUCAAUUUUUAACUACUGCUUCGACCCUUUUAUAAGACUGGCAUUUCAGUGGGCAUUUUUUUUUUAUUGGAUUUUUGUUGCCCUUGGCCAGUGUCCUUCCUACUUAAAAAUUAAAGAAAAAUGACAUGCUAUAUAUUAUAGUAAAAGGCACUGUUUUCAAACUUGUUUACUGCUUUUUAAGUGAUAAAAAAAAAUAUAAUCCUUUGGGUUUUUUGUGAAUAGAAUCUUACCAUCUGACCAUUUUUUUGCUUCCAAUGGUGAUUUUGGAAUGGAUUAUGGUCAUAAGCUAAGUAUACCAGUGUAUAUGCAAAUAAGAUAUGUUAAUCAAGGUUAGUGAUGGAACAGUGGAUGUACUUUAUGGUGAACAGUGUAACAUUAGAAGAGCAAUGGGUUGUAUAAACUAGGUGCUUGACAUAAGAAAAGUGUGAAAAGUAUUUGGAAAAUGUUAGGUUGUGUUUGGGUAUUCAUGGACUUGAAGAAAACAUAUGACAAAAUAAAAGAAGGGAGUUGAAAGUUAUUUUAUGGGAACUGAAUUGUAUAUUUUCUGACUGGAAGAAGCAUAAAUGACUGGUUUCCUUUUCUAGGAGAGCUGCCUUAGGGAUGUUUAAUGUUUAUAUUUAUUGAGGUAUGAGGGAGGUGAAUGUGGUUAGUGAAGGUUAUGUAUUUACCUAGUUGUAUUUACCUAGUUACGUUUUACAGGAAAAGAGCUAUGCUAGUGCUGUCUUGUCUCCAGCUUAAUUUUAAAUUCAUGAAUAUUUUUUGCUUGUACCACUGUUUCAUCUAAGUUUUUUCAUAUUUCUAUGCUUCUAUUUAGGAAACCAUAUUUCUUGACAUCUCUUCUACUUGCUGUUUUCUUCAAUUUCACACCAUGUCCUCUUGUAUCUCUUGAGUCCCACACAAAUAAGUCUUCUUUGUUAACUUGAUCCUUAUCCUUUAAAGCUCUGUAUAUAGCAAUCAGGUCUCCUCUUUCUCUUCUCUCUUGUAAUGAUGGAAGCUUCAAUCUCCUUAAUCUUUCUUCAUAGGUUAAAUCUCUUAAACUUGGUACCAAUUUGGUUGCAGCUCUUUGAUCCUUUCUAUUUUCCUUAUUUCCUUUUUAUUAUGAGGUGACCAAACAAUUGUGUCAUAUUCCAGUUUUGGUCGAAUCACAUAUUCCAUCAACUUUUUCAUCAUCUCUUCAUCCAUGUAAGCAAAUGCCCCUUUCAUCUUUCUUAGUAACUCAUAGGUUUCCCCAACUAUUUUGUUUACAUGUUUUACUGGUGAUAAAUUAUCACUGAUUGUAAUUCCCAAGUCUUUUUCUUCUUUGGUUUUCGUAAUUUCCACUUCUCCCAUGGUGUAAGAACUUGUCUUCUUUUGCUUUUUUCCUAAUUCCAUCACCUUGCAUUUCUUUACAUUGAAUUCCAUUUCCCAUCUCUUACUCCAUUUAUAUAUCUUAUUUAGAUCUUUCUGUAAUACUUCACAAUCCAUAUUGUUUUCCACUCUUUUCAAUAAUUUUGCAUAUUCUACAAACAGACUUACGUAACUGUCAACCUCAUCCACCACAUCAUUGACAUACACCAGAAACAUUACGGGCACUUUAUAUUUUUUGCAUACAUUACAUAUUUAUAUUUUCUAUUCUUUUUUUGUCAGAUACCACUUCCUGAGCCUCUCAUCUUUUACCUUCCAACAGAACUUUUUUUCUUUUCCUCUGUUCUGUUCUCAUGUUUUGCCUUUGCUUCUUUUAUUAGAUCGCUUACCUUGAGUCUCUCCUCCUCAUUCAUGUCCCUCUUUAUUCAAACUUUCCUGUAUUGCUCUGUCUUGUCCAGUUUCCAUGCAUUCGAUAUCACUUCCAUGGAUGUUGUUUAUGCCCUAAAUUUUUUCAGUGGUCACUCUUCUCCUUUUAUGUAUUUCCUCAAUUUCACUUAUCCAGUCCUCCCCUUCUCUCUCUGUAUAUUUCUUACAACGUCCUCUGCUACCUUUUUUUGUUCUCUUUCCCUCUUGUAUCUUACUGGCUCUGUUUCCUCUUUUAAUCCAUAUACAACAAUACAUUUCUUUUUGUCCACUGUGUCCCUUACCAUCAAUUCCUUCUGUUUGAUCACUCUCACAAUUUCCUUACUUAAAUCUGUCUUUUCCUUCUUUUGAGCUUCUAUGAUUUCUGUAAAGUUAACUUUUUCUUCCUCUUUUUCCUUCCUUCAGAUUUGAUGUUCACUUUUCAUCCCUAUCACUUCAUUUUCCUGUUUUUUAUCAAUAUCAUUGUUUUCCUUCAAUUUUGUUUUUAGAUCAGCGCACAGUGUUUUCAAUUCUUUGUUUUCCUCUUCCAGGUCGUUUUUUUUUUUCUAAUUUUUU